GAGGCUACUACAGCUUCCCUCAACACGGCGCCCCGACAUCGCAUUGCACCCCUGAUAUUGUUAUCCGUCUCUCUUUGCGUGAGACACGUCUAGUGAUCCUGCGUGACUAAUCAUGGCGCGUACCACGUACAAUAAAACUGGGCAUCAGUUUGCGUCCGACGAUGAGGACGACCAAUCAGGGAAGGCACCCAAUACGCACAAAACAUCUUCCGCCUCGUGGGGGGCAAGCGCUAAGCACAAUGGGAAUGCGAAACCAAUUUCACAACCAUCGAACGCGGAGAGCAUCGUUGAGCAGGAGGGAGAUGAUUCGGACGUAGCUGAGCUGAAUCCUCAGACAUCGAAACCAUCCAGCUCCAUUCCAUCUUCGUCCAAAAAGUCGGCUCCCUUGAAACUGUCUAACGGGAUGGUUUCGACUUCUCGUAAGAGGAAAGCGGCAGCCCUGGCUUCUGAGCAUGACCAGUCAGGAUCAUUCUCGCCAGCCCGUAAGCGGACGAGGACUGAAGCUGAAUGGGAUAAUAUGGUGCAGCAGCUUAAGAAGGAAAGGGAUCAGUAUUUGCGUGAUUUUGAACAACUUGCUAAGCAGAGGAGCACCGAUGCAGAGGCGGCGUUGGAGGGAUAUCGUAAAUUUCACGAAGAACAUGAUAAGCAUCAGAAGGAGCAUAUUCAAAUGCUGACGCAAAGCAUGUCACGAUUCACGGAGCUCUCUGCAUCAGGAAGUUCAGCCGCCAUCACUUUAUUGACGCGGGAGGCAACAGAUGCCCGUUUCCAAGAAUACGAAGUGAAGCUCGGAGCUCAAAGGGCAGAGAUUGCGGAGCUUAGGGAACAAUUACGGGGUAAAGAUACGAUGAUAAGUAACUACAAGGCAGAAAUUGAAACUCUCAAGAAUGACUAUCAGCGAGAAAUAGCCAUGCGGCAGCGAGACUACGAUGCUGAGGUUUCAAAUUCAAAGCACCUCAUUGAAGAACGCAAUAUUGCUCGAAGCGAACUUGCAGCCCUUACAAACGGGACAACGUUGAAACCCCGAGGAGGUAGCGCUAUGCGAGAGCCAGAGAGAAGAACAUUAUUAGGACCCACGAAAGAACAGUCCACUAUAUGCCUUUAUGAAGAACUCACCCAGCUAAUGGUUCGGAGUGUCGCGACCACAAAAGGAGAACACGGGGUUCAAACAGAAUUCAAAUGCUACAUGAAGACUACUGGCGCUAGCGAGAGCCUAAAUUUCAGCCUCGACAUUAUCCCAGAACCUACAGAGGAGGAUCCAAACAGGGAGAUGAUGCGAUAUACACCACACGAUCUUGAGAAAGAAAGCGAGGAGUUUAGAGAGUCACUUGACUUUCUUUCGGGGGCCUUCAAAUGUCCAAAAUGGCAAUCCCCCCAAUUCCUUCACCAGAUACAGUUACACAUGGGCCUCAGUUUCAGUAAUGAUGCGGUAGAAACGGACGAAGAGCUUGAAUCGGAUGAAAUAGAAUAUUUGGGUCCGAACGAACCCACCUAACGAAGCGAGAACGCGCAGCCUCAACUGCCAGGGCGGAGCACACUAUUUAUCUAUCAUUAAUUGGAUAAUUCCGGAUUCUUUGCUACAGAAUUAUUCUCUGCAAUCUCGACUUGCUAAUUUUCUCUAUGAGUGAGGUCUGAACCUGCCAAGAAGGCCCCGGCACUCUCGAGAAGCAGGACAACCC